ACACUCGCACAAACAGGCCUCAUACACGCACAGAGAGAAGACUGCAGAUAGGGGAGAGCCAUCAAUAAAACAUGGUUUCAAUGGAGGAUGGUUGUGGAGAAAAUCAGGCAAGGUUUAACAAGUAUGCCUGUGCUUGUGCUAUGGUUGCCUCUAUGAUCUCCAUUAUCUUUGGUUACGAUACUGGUGUAAUGAGUGGAGCAAUGAUAUUCAUAAAAGAAGAUCUAAAAAUAAAUGACACACAAGUUGAAGUUCUGGCUGGAAUUCUGAACCUAUGUGCUCUAUUAGGUUCCCUGGCUGCUGGAAGAACAUCUGAUUAUAUUGGUCGCCGUUACACAAUUGUCUUAGCCUCCAUCAUUUUCUUGCUUGGUGCAGUUUUGAUGGGUUAUGGCCCAUCUUAUGCAAUCCUAAUGAUGGGAAGGUGUGUUGCUGGCAUUGGUGUGGGCUUUGCACUCAUGAUAGCUCCAGUUUACUCGGCAGAGAUUUCUUCUCCUUCAUCCCGAGGAUUUCUAACCUCCCUACCCGAGCUUUGCAUUAGUCUUGGAAUCUUACUCGGUUAUUUAUCCAAUUACUUCUUCGGAAAAUUGACCUUGAAACUUGGCUGGAGAAUGAUGCUUGGAAUUGCAGCAAUCCCUUCACUUGCCUUGGCUUUUGGCAUAGUAAAAAUGCCAGAAUCCCCAAGGUGGUUAGUAAUGCAAGGGCGUCUAGGAGACGCGAAAAAGAUCCUAUUGCGAGUAUCUAAUACUAAAGAAGAAGCCGAAGUCCGUUUCCGCGACAUAAAAACAGCUGCUGGAAUUGAUGAGAAUUGCUUAGAGGAUAUUGUCAAACUUCCUAGUAAGAAUCGCGGUGAAGGGGUUUGGAAAGAACUAUUGCUCAGGCCUUCUCCUUCAGUGCGUUGGAUUUUGAUGGCGGCCAUUGGAAUUCACUUCUUUGAGCAUGCAACAGGAAUAGAGGCAGUUGUGUUAUAUAGUCCAAGAAUCUUCAAGACAGCUGGGAUCACUGGCAAGGACAAGCUCUUGCUUGCCACAGUUGGGGUAGGGCUUACAAAGGCUACAUUCAUAUUAAUAGCAACACUUUUUCUCGACAAAUUUGGGAGGAGACGCUUACUUCUUACAAGCACAAGUGGUAUGGUUUUGGCCUUAACAAUUUUAGGCUUUAGUUUAACCAUGGUGGAGCAUUCUGAAGAGAGACUCGUGUGGGCACUGAGCCUCAGCAUUGUUGCUACUUAUACAUAUGUGGCUUUCUUUUCUAUUGGGCUUGGUCCCAUUACAUGGGUCUAUAGCUCUGAGAUAUUUCCUUUGAAGUUAAGGGCACAAGGAGCCAGUAUUGGGGUAGCCGUGAACAGAGUCAUGAAUGCUGUCGUUUCUAUGAGUUUUAUUUCAAUUUACAAAGCAAUUACAAUUGGUGGGAGUUUCUUUAUGUUUGCUGGCAUCUCUGUGUUGGCAUGGGGUUUCUUUUAUUUCUUCUUGCCGGAGACUAAGGGAAAGUCCUUGGAAGAGAUGGAGGUGCUGUUCAGCAAAAACACUAGGCCUAGAAAUGUAGGUAUAGAAACUCAGCAAAGAAGCAAUGUGUAACAUACAAGUGGGAAAGAGAAACCUGGAGACUCAUGUCACUUCUUUGUUAAACUACGCCAUUAUAGUAAGUUCAUUGGGUAGGAAGAGUGUUGGGGAUCUAAGUGUUAUAAAAUUACUGGUUGUAAUUUAAACUUUGUUAUAUUCCUAGUUCAAAUUAAUGACUGGAAAUUGAUCAUUUGGUGCAAAAAUGGAAUAGGUACUUCUAUAGGCCGGUCAAAAUUCAAGCUAGGGAAAUAUAGUAUGGGCCUAUGGCCUUGUCUUGAAGGUUCAAUCCAAUUUACAG